AUGUUGCUCACCGUAGGUUCCCUGGUCCUGUCGCUCAUCACGAGCGCAGCAGCCCACCCCAUCUACGACUCAUCCUUCUCGAACACACUAGAGAGGCGACAAGACAGCAAUGCCUCUUCCGUCCAGGUCGAUCUUGGGUAUGCCGUGUACGAAGGCUUCCUCAAUAGCAGCACUAACCUCAACACCUUUCUCGGUAUUCGCUUUGCCGCCCCGCCUACCGGUGCUUUACGCUGGCAGAAGCCACAAGCACCCGCCCAGAACCGCAGCGCCGUGAUCCAGGCCAACGAAUACGCUCCGACAUGCUACCAGUCUCCUGAUGCCUCCACUAUGGUGCACCCAGCCAAUCAAUCUCUUGCCGCGGAGGACUGCCUCUUCCUCAAUGUCUGGGCCCCUGUGUCCAGCGACACACUUACCAACAGCACAGGCACUGGCCUGCCUGUCUUUGUCUGGAUUCAUGGAGGCGGCUACGGAGCUGGCAGCAAUCGCCAGGACCUGUCCAGCCUCAUCAACACCAAUAAGAACUCUUUCAUUGGCGUCGCAGUAGCCUACCGCCUCGGUGCCUUUGGCUUCCUGUCCAGCGCCGAGCUGGCCUCGCAAGGCGCCACACCCAACGCCGGCCUCUACGAUCAACACUUCGCGCUGGAGUGGGUGCAGCGCAAUAUCGCCCGCUUUGGUGGCGACCCCAGUCGCGUGACCAUUGGCGGCGAGUCUGCGGGUGGAGGAUCUGUGAUGCUACAAGAUACGGCUUUCGGUGGUUCCCAGGGCAUCGCCCUCUUCCGCAACACCUUUGCUGCUAGUCCUUACCUGCCCAUGCAGCACGACUACAACGGCUGGGUGCCAACUCAAAGCUUCUACGCACUAGCCGCAGUGGUGGGUUGCAGCGCCGCUAUCUCUGAGCCGUACGGCCGCGUGGGUGGGCAGACGGUGCUCGCAUGUCUCCAGGGAGUGGACGAGGAGACGCUCGCGAACGCAAGUGCCACAGUCUCCCAGAGUGGGACCUACGGCACCUGGGCCUUUCUACCGGUCACGGAUGGUGCUCUGGUCCCCGGUCUGCCAUCACAGCAGCUCUUGCGACGGAAGAUCAACGGCCUCAACGCACUGGUGGGCAACAACGCCAACGAGGGUCCCGGCUUCACACCACAAAACAUCACGACCGAAGAGGGGCUCGUGGCAUGGCUGAACCGCACGUUCCCACUGUUUGCGCCCUCGGAUAUUGCAAAGAUCCUGCUAUACUACCCUUCACCGGACGACGACACGGUUGGCUCCGAAUUCAGCACCAGUGGUUACGAGGGGCCCACGGCUGUCAACCAGUCGUACGUUGGGACCGGACAGCAGCAGCGCGCCAACAACAUCUACGCCGAGACGACAUUCGUGUGUCCGAGCUACUGGAUGGCCGAGGCAUAUACGCCUUCGGGUGCGACCGAUCGGAAGGGCUAUAAAUACCAGUACAGCGUGCCGCCCGCCCUACACGGGUCAGAUACUGUCGCGUACUUCUCGCCUCCCGACACCGCCAACGUCGGCGAAGACAUGGGGGUCGCGUUCAAGACCAUCCUAGGCAGCUUCGUGGUCAGCGACAACCCCAGUAUCGCGCUGGACGUCGCCUUUGGUGCCGCGAGCGCGACCGCCACAGGGGCGAAUGCAACCACAGCAGCAGCAGGGCCAGGACCCGCAGGCCAGGUAGGCGCAGGUUCAGCCGCCAUAGCUGACUGGCCACCGUUCAGCCUGAGCCAGCCCUGGCAAAUCGAUCUGAACCAGACGGGCGGCACGCCGACGCAGGUGCCCUUUGGAAUGGUGAACAUCACCGAGUUCUUUCCGCCCGGCACGAGGAAUAGUAUUGGGCUGUACGACGCGUGGACAUGGGAGGGCGGCCGGGGCGUGAGGUGCGAUUUCUGGCGCUCGAUGGCUGCGCUGGUUCCUGAGUGA